AUGUCUCUUGGUAAGGGAUAUUUUGAUUUCUCAUUCUCUAGUUUGGAAGAUUCCAGGAGGGUGAGAUCUGUUAACUCAUGGAGCUUGAACCCAGGUUAUUUAAAGCUUUUUACAUGGACUAAGGAUUUCAAUUCUUCUAGUUUGAAACAAACAUUCGCCCAAGUUUGGAUCCACAUACACGGCUUGUCCCAAGAAUAUUGGAGGCCCAAAAUCAAUUUUGCCAUUGCUAGUAGCAUCAGAACUCCUUUUUGCACUGAUUUUGCUAUUAUCAAAAGUUGUUUUGAUCGACCGUUUGGUCACUACGUUCGGGUCUUAGUGGAUCUUGACCUUUACAAUGAGUUAAGGUCUGAGAAUGUGAAUGUUGAAGUCAAUGAUGAGGUUAACCAUGCUACUGACUUAAUUGGUAAAGACUUAUAUGUCUCUGACAAAGUUCCAGUUGAUGUUGGUGAGACUAGUCUUGCUAGAAAUAUCACUAUCAAUAUUCCUUCUGCUACUGUUGGAUUUCCACUUCCUCAUAAUUCUGCGGGAAAACCAGCUACAAAAGACAUACCACGGGAUAUCCCAGUUGAAGAUUUCAUAGAGCACAACCCAAGGUCAGACGUGGAGGAAGUUCUCGAAGUUGUCCCGGAAACACAAUUGAUUAUGCCUAACAUCAAUCAUUAUGAGUCUGAACACGUGAGUAACACACAUGGUUCUUUUAAGAUGAUUCCUAGCUUAGAAUCCACUUUGCAGAAGGAUAUACAAUUUCUCAAUAAUACUUGGGCAAAUGUGAUGGAUCAGGAGGUGGAUCCUACUAACCAAUGUGACCAAGAGGCUCCUUUUCAACUUGUCAUUUCCAAGAGCAAAAGGAAAGUUCAAAAGAAGAAAACACAUCUAACCAGUUCAAAGACUGGUUUAGGGUUGGGGGUCACCGGAGAAGAAGGCGCCGCCGCCGCGGUUGGCCGGCCGCCACUGUCUUCUCUGGCAGGUUUGACCGGGGGUGGUGACGGAGAAGAAGAUGAAGUUGCAGAGCAACUUUGUUUUCAGAAGUGA